AGAGCAGGCAACCUUAUCGGCUGACAGCGAGAACUACCCAGUAGGCAACCACGUAAACCGACAAAGCCAUGGGCCUCUUCAAUGUUACCAAGGUGUCCGAGGGCCCCGUCCAGCCAUCCGCCGCGACGCCAUCGGAGACGCUGCCCCUCGCAUGGGUCGACCGGUACCCGACGCACCGCGGCCUCGUCGAAUCGGUGCACGUGUACCUCGACUCUGUGUCGGAGACGGGGGACUCUGUCGCGCAAGAGAAGAAGACGAAGCCCCCGGCGGCCGUCGUGCGCGGUGCGCUCGCGGACGCGCUGGUGCACUACUACCCGUUCGCUGGCCGCAUCGUCGACGGCGAUGACGAUCGCCCCGCCGUGCUGUGCUCCGCCGAGGGCGUCUAUUUCGUCGAGGCCACCGCGAAUUGCACGCUUGCCAACGUCAAUUUCCUGGAGCGGCCGCUGCUGCUCGACAAGGAACAGCUCGUGCCAUACCCAACACCGGAGCUCUGGGCCGUCGAGCCACAAAACAGUCUUGCCAUGAUACAGGUCACGACGUUUACAUGCGGUGGCUUCGUGAUCGGCCUGCGCACCAACCACGCGGUGGCCGAUGGCACGGGCGCGGCCCAGUUCCUGAACGCUGUCGGCGAUCUUGCCCGCGGCCUCCCGGAGCCCCGUGUCAAGCCGGUCUGGGGGCGCGACCGCUUCCCCGACCCGGAAAUAAAGCCCGGCCCACUCCCGGAACUGCCGGCGCUGGCCCUCGAGUACAUUGCGUUCGACUUCCCCGUCGCCUACCUUGACAAGAUCAAGUCGCAGUACUUCGAGUUUACCGGCGGCAGGCACUGCUCUGCCUUCGACAUCGUCAUCGCCAAGCUCUGGCAGUGCCGGACGCGGGCCAUCGGCCCCCUCGCCAUCCCCGGUGCGGACGUCAAGCUCUGCUUCUUCGCCAGCGCCCGCCACGUGCUGAAACUGGAGCCGGGCUACUGGGGCAACGCCAUCUUCCCGGUGAAGGUCUCGGCGCCGGCGGAGAAGGUCGCCGGCUCCUCGGUAGUGGAGCUUGUCGGGGUGGUCCGGGAGUCGAAGCGGCGCAUGGCGGGGGAGUGCCAGAUCUGGGCCGAGGGCCGCACCGGCGGACGCGACCCGUUUCAGAUGACGUUCGACUACGAGUCGGUGUACGUGUCGGACUGGAGCAAGCUCGGGUUCUCCGACGUGGACUAUGGGUCCGGCAAGCCCACUACGGCCGGCCCGCUGGUGAACUGCGACCUCAUCGCAUCGGUCAUCGUCAUGAAGGCGCCUGCGCCACUCUCCGGCACGCGGCUGCUCGCCAGCUGCGUCACCGAGGAACACGCCAACGACUUCACCGGCCUCAUGAAGGAGGACAUCGCCUGAACGUACGUACUACGUGUGCAUUGCUGCGUGCUAAAUAAAAGACACGAUAAAUGAAGCAAAUCAAUAGUAAUUAAAGUGGAGGGGGUCUACCCAAGCAAAUGUUUAGUAAUUAAAGUGUCUGUAUAGAUGUUGGCAAACAA